AUGGAGAACUUCAAGGCAACAGGAGGGUGGGCAAUUGCGGUUCAUGGUGGUGCAGGGAUGAACCCGAGCUUGCCGCGGCAGCGCCAAGAAGAGGCCUGCCAAGCCUUUCUCUCCGCUCUCCAUCUCGGCAUCUUUGCUCUCCGCUCCGCCUCCUCCGCCGUCGAUGUCGUAGAAUUAGUGGUCAGGGAACUUGAAUUAAACCCCCUGUUCAAUUUCGGUUGUGGAUCGGCUCUGACAGCACAAGGAACGGUGGAGAUGGAUGCUAGCAUUAUGAAUGGCUCUACAAGGAAGUGUGGCGCUGUAUCGGGGAUAUCCACUGUUAAAAAUCCAAUCUCUCUUGCCAGCCUGGUCAUGGACAAAUCACCCCAUGCCUAUCUUGUUUUUGAUGGAGCUGAAGCCUUUGCAAGACAACAUGGUGUAGAAAUUGUGGACGCAAGUUUUUUCAUCACAGAGGAAAAUGUUAUCAGAUUAAAGAAAGAAGCACCUCUCUCUCGCCCAAGUUAAUGAGAGAGAAGAAAUAUCUGCAACCCCACCAUGUUGGUGAGAGAGAAGAAAAACCCACCUCCCAAUAAUGACAGAAAUGCUUUUCUUGUAAAGAUAAAGCGAUAGUGAGAGAUCCUUCCCCUCUCUUUCUAAAAUACCCACAACCAAGCCUGCAAGAUAGGAUGUCAUUUUAAUUUUUAUUGGGGUAUAAAUUCAUCAAAA